ACGCGUCUGGUGGCGGUGCUAGGGGGAGCGGCGGCGUGGAGCUCUGUGCGCACCGCCUGCCCCAUCCCGCUCCGCCUCUGAGGCACACGGAGCCCUCCGCGGCCGCGCACGUCCCGGCCAGAAGCGCCGCAGCCGCCGCCAGUCCCUCGCGGAGAAGGCGAGCGCCUCCCCGUUCGCCUGCAGGAGGGGACCCGUCCGCCCCCGAAGCCACCGCUGCCGCCCGCCCGGGGGCCGGAGCCGCUGCCUGCGGGCGCCCGGCGGGGCCGGUGGCCAUGGGAGCCCGGCCCGCGGGGGGCGCUCCCUAGGGCGCGGGCGGCCCCGCUCGGCCCCCGACACCUGCGGCGAGCCCAGAGCUGCGGCCCCGCCGCCACGGGGCUGCAGAGCUGCCGGCGCGGCGAGGAGCGCCCCGGAGACGCGGCACCACCGGUGCCAGGCGCUGCCGGCCGCCAUGGGGGAACAACCCAUCUUCAGCACCCGAGCUCAUGUCUUCCAGAUUGACCCAAACACUAAGAAGAACUGGGUUCCCACCAGCAAGCAUGCUGUUACUGUGUCCUACUUCUAUGACAGCACAAGAAAUGUCUACAGGAUAAUCAGUUUGGAUGGCUCAAAGGCAAUAAUAAACAGCACCAUCACCCCAAACAUGACAUUUACUAAAACAUCCCAGAAGUUUGGCCAGUGGGCAGACAGCAGGGCGAAUACAGUCUAUGGCUUGGGAUUUUCAUCUGAACAUCACCUUUCGAAAUUUGCUGAAAAAUUUCAAGAGUUCAAAGAAGCUGCACGAAUAGCAAAGGAAAAAUCCCAUGAAAAGAUGGAGUUAACAAGUACACCCUCUCAAGAAUCAGCUGGAGGGGAUAUUCAGUCUCCUUUAACUCCGGAAAGCAUUAACGGGACAGAUGACGAGCGAGCGAUGCCAGAAGUGACGCAGAACUCAGAACCAAGGGCUGAACCAACACAGAACGCAUUGCCAUUUACCCAUAGUUCGACAAUCAGCAAGCACUGGGAGGCAGAGCUGGCCACGCUCAAGGGUAAUAAUGCUAAGCUCACAGCAGCCCUGCUGGAGUCCACUGCCAAUGUGAAACAAUGGAAACAGCAACUUGCUGCAUAUCAGGAGGAAGCAGAACGUCUUCAUAAGCGGGUGACUGAGCUAGAGUGUGUGAGCAGUCAAGCCAAUGCAGUCCACACACAUAAAACGGAAUUAAACCAGACAAUACAGGAAUUAGAGGCUACACUGAAGAAAAAAGAAGAGGAAAUAGAAGGAUUGAAACAAGAAAUUGAAAAUGCCAGAGAGCUCCAGGCACAGAGGGAUUCUCUGACCCAGAAGUUACAGGAAGUAGAAAUUCGAAACAAAGACCUGGAAGGACAGCUGUCUGAUCUAGAGCAACGUCUGGAGAAAAGUCAGAAUGAGCAAGAAGCUUUUCGCAAUAACUUGAAGACACUUUUAGAAAUCCUUGAUGGAAAAAUAUUUGAACUAACAGAAUUACGAGAUAACUUGGCCAAGCUAAUAGAAUGCAGUUAAAGAAAAUGGGAUUUCAGUGCCAAUCAGCUUAAAGAUGCAGUACUGUCUCUCUUCAUAGGACUGUGUUGCACAAAAAAGUUGCACAAAAUUAGAAAAUACUCCUCUGAGAGGGAUUGUUUUAAAAUUGACUUGUAAUUCAAUGUAAAAUUUAGAACUCAGCUUGUAGCCAGUUGAAGAAAAACAAACAAACAAACUUGAAUUACCUCCUUUUACAUUAUUGGCCACAGAUAACUUGAAAGAUAGUAACAAUAAUUGAAUGCAAUCCUUUUCUAAUUAUCAGUGAUAGAAGAAUUAGCAGUGUCCCAGGACACCCCCCAUUUUGUGACAAAUAUAAUAUAGGUUAUUGGCUGUUUUAUUUAAGAUUUUAAAUGCUGUGUUUUGUGCAAAAACUUAGUGAUGACAGCCCUGUAUUUUGUUGUUCUUAAUAAUUUCUCAGGAUAUGUUGCACUGUGAAGAAUCAGUGCCAAAACAAAUUUAUUCUUGCCAGGAAUGAGAGAGAGUUGCAUCUUUAAUUGAAAGAAAUCUACUAUAACUGCUUGUAUAAACUUAUUCCUUUUUGGUUUUUUGGGGUUGGUUGACUGGUUGGUUUUUUGAUUUUUUUUAAUAGGUAUACAUAUAUACUGGAAGAUACCAUAUUUCUUUAUGGAGCUUACUUUGGUGUUCUACAAUAUUGUCCAAUAUAAGGUUUAGUUUUUCAUAUUAAUUCCUUGCAAUUACAGUGAGAUAGUAUCUUCCACUUAGCUAAAGUUUGAAGCCAACCAGUGAUAGAAGGUGAGUUCCACCGGAAAAAAAAAAGCCCAAACUCCCCCCAAGAAUUUUAAAUGUAAACUUAAAAUUUUAGAUUUAACCUGCACAGAUAACAAUGAAUGGCCAGUUAUUUGUUUUCUGGCCUUGAUACUUAUAUUGAAUGUUCAAUUUGUUGUUAACCUGUUCUGCAGGAGACUUUUUCAGAAUGUGACAUGAAAUAGAGGUUCUGUGAAUAAUGGCUUAUGGGGAGCAUUGUUCUGUUGCAGAUUCAUUAAGGGCACAGAGGUACCACAAGGCAUUGUUGGUGGUACUGAAUGUGUCUAGCCAAAAAGACUGUUUCUUGAAAUUUUGUUGUCAUAGCAAAUUGAACUGAAGACAUGUUUACUCUUUUAUGGGUCUUCAUAUCACAUCUUUAUCAAAACUACACCAGGCAAUAUUCUGAACUGUUAACUAAGUGUUUAAAAACAGGACAUUGAAUUGAAUUAUCCUCAAUGAGCAGGUUUUAAAGUUGUUUUGAUGUAAUUUUAACAGACUUUUGGUGAACUCACAUUUCUUUAUAUAAUAGAUUUAUUUUAAAAAAACCCAGCUCUUUGAAAGGUAAGCCAAUUGUAGUGUGUCUUGCAUCACAGUGCAUUCUUGCCAUAAAUUGCUUGCAAUGCUGAAGAGGGCUUUUUUAAAAUGUAUGAAUGAGUAUCAGACCUCAGAGCUGAAAGAUGCACGAACCUUUGUUUGCUCCCCAAAUUAAUUUGAAUGUUAAACAUGAAAUCUAGCUGCUUAUUAAAUUUGUAGAACACAGUUUUCUUCACUUAGAGACUGAUAUUCAAAACUAGAAAAGAUAAGUUUGUUUUCAUGUAUGUACUGUGUGUAUAUACCAUAUAAUACACACGGGUUGUUAUUUAUAUUGGAAAGACAUGCUUUAUUUCUGAAAUACCUUUUUCUUUUCCCUUAACUGGUGAUUCAUCAGGUCUCCCCUGACUAGUCAGGGAAGUGGCUUAGGUUAAAUGCUAAAACUGUCAUGUAUUAUAUGGUAUGUAAUAUACACAAUGUUUACGCUUUCUCCAUAUUUUUUAGGGUAUUUUCUCACAUUUAUUAAAGGGGUGGGGGGAGCUUGUUUCAUUGUGCUAUGGUUGAAAACUUUGUGGUGAGCUACAUGUUAAUCAUUCAGGGGAUUUUAGACAGUGAUGUGUAUAUCUUCAUCAGGUCCAUAUGAGCAGAUACAGCCAGUUUUUAAUUUUCCUGGGGAUAUUUGGGCCUGAUUCUCCUGUCACUUGUGCUGCUGUAAACCAGAUGUGUCCUUGAUGUGAUGUCACCAACAUUCCGUUGGCAUAACAUCCGUGGAAGUGCAAGGAGAAUUUGGCCUGUUAAUGCUCAGUGGACAUAAUAAGGAUGAAGAAAGAAUAAAAAAAAAACAAAACUUAAUGAUGGAAUAAAUGUAAUAUUAUUUUUAAUGAUAUUAUUAUUGACAUUUUUAAAGAUAUGAUGUCAUAUGUGUGGGGAAAAUAGUGGACAGAAAUACUUCCACUUAAAUUUUGUGAAUAUGUGUGGUACAUGAGCAUUUCUAUGUAUAAGUACACACACAUAUGUAUAUACAGAACAUGGAAAAAUUUAGAUGUGCACAUUUUUAAUAUUUUCCUAUUGAAAUUAAAUUUAAAAUUGGAAAUUGA